AAUUUUUUAAUUUUCUCCUAACUUUAGAAUCAUAUCAAAUUUAACUUACAGAAAAGCCGGUUAGUGCAAUGCACAUGGUCCUUUAUUACCGAUAAAAAAAAUAGUGCAAGUAAAAGUUUGACGAACGAUUUUAUGCUCAAUAUUCACUAAUAUUUGUUUUGUUAUCAAUUAACAAUAAUUAUAAGUAAAAUAAAAUAUGACAGUUACAUGAUACUUGGAAAUAAAAAUAGAUAUAAAAUUUUAAUUAAAAUAACCUUUUUGUUAAAAUCAUUUUGAUUUAUAAAUUUAUUUGUUACUGGACUCGAAAAAAUGUUUAAAAAAACUUAUUUGCCUUUUAAAUUAUCAACACGACAGUGCUCGGCGAAACCUCAAAAAAAAUUAAAGCCGAAAGUGAUAUUAAAUGAAGAGAUUAGUAAUUUAAUAAAAGAAGAUAAAUUAAAACCACGUAAACAACCUGGUGUUAUACUGAGAACAGUUGUCAGAUUACCAGAAUGGUUAACAAAUGCAAUGAAACGUGCUUUAGAUGAACAUCCAAGAAAGACAAUAGUGGAAGAUGCUGCAGGACUUUACCGUCAUCUGAAUGGUCGACAUCCACCACCGGAGCAAGAGUUGAUUAAUUUAAAGUACUCUGAAGUAAGCAAAUCGUUGUACAAUAACAGUAAGUAUAUGACAGCGUUAGAUGGAAGUGAUGAAGAAAUGCAGGAAAAAAUGCAUCAUGACACUGUAAAAAUUUUAAAACGUAAAGUCCAUCCAUGGGCACCUAUUCAGUAUGACAAAUAUCGUGGAUUGAUGUACAUGGUGGCACGUGGCUCUCACGAUUACGCUAUUUUAUACAGAAUAUUACUAGAAAUAAAAGAACGUGAUCCAGGUUUUAAACCUAAAACUUUGCUAGAUUUUGGUUCUGGUAUUGGAACUGUUUCAUGGGUAGCAUCACAAUUUUGGACAAAAUCAUUAAAUGAAUAUUUAUGUAUUGAUGCAUCUGAAGAAAUAAGUAAUUUAGCUGAAUGGUUUGCUAAAUUAUCGCAACCUAGAAUAAAAAAUAUAUUUUUCAAACAAUACUUACCAGUGACAAAUAAUCCUACAUUCGAUAUUGUGGUGAGUGCAUUUACUUUGAUGGAGCUGCCAAGUAGAAAGUCACGCAUUGAAACAAUAUUAAAUUUAUGGAGAAGAGCCGAUCGAUACUUAGUACUUGUUGAACAAGGAACCAAUGCUGGUUUUAAGCUUAUCAAUGAAGCCAGAGAAUUUAUAACUCAUUUAAUAGAUGUCCAUAAAAAACGUGAAUUAUAUGAGGCUUUUAUAUUUUCACCCUGUCCACAUGAAUUAAAAUGUCCAAGAAUCGAAGACGGAACUAAUACGCCUUGUAAUUUUGAAGUGAGAUUCUUUCCGAUGAGCUAUAAUAGAAGGGAUCAUAUUUUUAGUGAACGUUAUUCAUAUAUAGUUUUUAAAAAAGGAUCUAGUCGAGGUGAUAAUGAAAAAUGGCCAAGGAUUGUAAGAGAAACGAUUGUACACUCAGGCCAUGCUAUUUGUCGUAUGUGUACCUCUGAAGGGAAAUUACAAGAAAUAAUAUUUUCAAAAUCAAAACACGACCGACCUUUGUAUUAUUGUGCAAGAAAAAGUCUUUGGGGUGACCGUCUACCGAUUGAAAUAAAAAAUAAUCAAGCAAUUGAUCAAAAUAUUGAUGAUGCCACUGGUAAAAUAGCAGAAGAUAAAGGAAUAACUAAUGAAAAUAAACAAAAUGUUGAUGAUGCCAAUGGUGAAAUAACAGAAGACGAAAAAAUAAGUAAUGAAGUUGAUGAAAAAAAAAUUAAAUUUAGAAAAAAAUUUCUACUGUAAAUAAAAAUGACCCAC